UUCACUUCAGGUCUACACUGCUAAGAGUAGUCUUUAUCAUCUAAAACUUUUUUUGUACUUUAUUAUUUAUUGGACAUAAAAGACUUUUCAUUCUUCUAAAGGAAUUGCCAAACAUUGAUAAGUUGCUUGUAAAUGUCAGUUAUGGAUGGCCUAACAUUUUCAAAUUGUGUAUAUAGUUUGUUCUUUACAAGCAUGGUUUUGUCAUGUGACAUGUCUGGCCAUAUGCUGUAGAAUCCCAAGUAGCAUGUCCCUAACAUUUACAAACUGAAAGUAAAAUUUUUCUGGAGUUCUGCCUUAUAUUAAUUAUUAUGGAAACAGUAUUUAUCUGUCUCUGUUGAAACUUUAAGUAAAAAGAUACACAUUUUGUUUGAUAUUGAUGUUUCAUUUUAAUAAUUUAUAGACAUAAAAAGUUCAGGUGUAAUAAACAAAAACUAUGUAAAGUGAAUCUUAGAAAAAUGGCAAAUCUUGAUGUCGAUGGUAUUAUCAAGCAGUUGGUAGCAAUACAAGACACAGGGAAACAGGCUGCAUUAUCCGAAACUAAAAUCCGAUUGAUCUGUGCUGCAGUGAGAGAAGUUUUCCUGAAAGAAGCCACACUGGUUGAAGUCAAAGCACCUGUUCACAUAUUUGGUGAUGUUCAUGGACAGUUCCUAGAUUUGCUCCGCCAUUUUGAAAAAGUAGGAUAUCCAGGCCAAAAAGAAAAUCAAAACUAUUUAUUUCUUGGAGAUUACGUAGACAGAGGUCAACAGUCACUGGAAACAAUAUGUUUGCUACUUUGUUACAAGAUUAAAUAUCCGAAGAAUAUGUUUCUGCUUCGUGGCAAUCAUGAGUGUGCAAGCAUUAACAGGAUAUACGGUUUUUACGACGAAUGCAAACGACGAUUCAACAUUAAAUUAUGGAAGACAUUCACAGAUUGUUUUAAUUGUCUACCAAUUGCUGGUAUUGUGGAGUCGACAAUAUUUUGUGUUCAUGGCGGCUUAUCACCAAACUUUACCGACUUGAAACAGAUUUCCAACCUUGUGCGACCAAUGGAUAUACCAGACUAUGGAUUGGCAGCAGAUCUGUUAUGGUCCGAUCCCGACGAGGAUAUCACAGGUUGGGGCGAGAACGACCGUGGUGUAUCAUGGACGUUUGGUGGUGACAUCAUCCAAUCGUUUUUGCGUCAAAAUAAUUUAAGCUUGGUAGCGCGUGCGCAUCAGGUAGUAGAAGAUGGGUAUCAAUUUUUCCAGAAGAGAAAACUAGUGACAUUGUUCAGCGCACCAAACUAUUGUGGAGAGUUUGACAACGCUGGAGCAGUCAUGUCAGUCUCUGAAUCCCUGCUCUGUUCUUUUAGUAUCUUAAAGCCCAACACUGUACUGGAAAUCGAAGAAAAAUUUAAAGAUAAAAAAUGAUGCAAAUUUAUCUGAAAGCUUCAACGUAGUAUACUUUGCAUAUCUAUAAUAUAGUUUUAUUUUUUUUAUAUAUAUUAUUUUAUUAUGUAGUAUAUAUUUUUGUUGUUAUGUUCUUAACACGGUUCAUUUUUUUUAUACGUUGACUGUUGUUCUUUACAAAAAUUUUUUGUUUGAAAAUGUGUUUGAGAAAUUUAAUGCGCUACUAAAAAUUUUUCUUUAGUAGCUGAAGCCUAUUCGUACUCAUUUUCUCGCAUGCAGCAAAAAAGUUUGUUGGUUUUCAAAAUUUAGUACAGAAAUUACGCGAAUACUGUAGCAUUUUUUACCAAGAUAGAAAAAUGAAAGAGUAAUUUAAACUUGGGCGAAAAUUGUUACGCGCGAAAAUAAGGACGAAUAGGUGUGUCAAACAUUUUGACGCAAAUCAUUUAGAUCGUAAUUGUCUUUUAUGUUUUAAGACAAAGGAGAAGAGCACAACAACGCCUAUUAGCACUCCAGCAGAGGUCUUGAAUUUGCGAGAUUUUUAAAAAAACUUCGUAAACAAGGUUUUAAAAUUUAAAAAGAUGUGGCUACUUAAGACGUUGUGUGUACCACCCAAUCAGUAAUAUGUGAGCGAGGUUAUUCUUGAACAAAGUCCGCAUUAUUAUCGUCAAAUCAACUCAUCUCGUAAUAAAUUUCUUUGUCUCGCAACAACGAGCAAAUUGUGUAUUUUACUGUUUGUAAACUGAGUUGAACAAUUUAAAUUCAAAUUAGAUUAGAUAUAUUUAUCAGAAAAUAGAAAAGUAUUUAUUAUAUGAGAGCUUUACGAUGUUUAGGGAUGGUCUACACGAGGCUUGGUAGGCUGUUAUUUUGACAGCGCGAAAUCUAAGCGGUUAUAGAAGGGUUUACAUGUUGGGGAAUAUACAACGAAAUUUCUGUAUGAAUUAUUUCGCCUGGUGUAUACCCCCCUUGUCACUCAGUAUAUCAGUUCCGACGCUUCUGCGAAGAGAUGUAAUUUUAUUGUCAAUUUUUAGUCUGUUAUGUUUCUCGUCUCUCAGCAUUCAAUUUUUCUUACAAUCCUUAGUUUUAUUUGUUCAAUGCUAUCCGAGAUUUAUUUUUAAACGUUCCCUUUGUUCGAGUUCAUGUGUAAAUUAUAUUGUAAGUAUAUAUACUACAUCUAUCAUUGUCAGAAUAUUUAUUGACUAUUUCUGUAAAAAAAAAAUUAACGAAG